GCGCGCAACCCUCCACCGAGAAGGGCGCAUUCGACCACGCAGAAUUCGCGAGUUUUCGGCGGGGAAAUCUUAGUGGAUUAGAACGAAGUUUCAGCCUGGGGAUUAUGUUUGCGAACGAAUGCUGGCUGAGUGAUACCGAUGCGAGGAUUCAGCUCUAUUGAUCAACGAUUUAUUGUCCAGUUUUCCAUUUGUUUUUUUUUUUUCAAUAUUUGUUCACCUUAAUUUCAUUUUUGGAUGGACGCUACGGGAGCGUCUGCAGCAGGAAACGCGGUGUUACCGACAUCCGCGUCGUUCAUCAACAAGAACCUUUUGGAGUUGGACCUCGACUACUUGGAGAGGAGAGGCGGCGAGGUAAUCCCGUGCGAAAAUGCAGACAGUGGUUCGAAGGAGGAGGAAAGCCCGGCGGACAGUCUCGACCGAGUAAAGGUCGUCUUCCUCGGGGCACCGGGAGUUGGGAAAUCCAGCAUCGUCAGGCAAUUCGUCUGGAGCGAAUUCUCCGAGGAAUACAAGCCAACGGAACGAAGAGAGACAUUCUACCCGAGCGUUGUGCUGGCGGAUCGACUUUACGAACUCAAGAUCUCGGAUCUACCCGCCAUUCCAUAUUUCCCUGUCAGUUCGCACCUCGAAUGGACGGAUUUCCGUUACUAUGGAUUGAGGAGCGCUACUGCCUAUGUCCUUGUCUUUGACCUGAGUAAUCAGGACACUUUUCAGUACAUCAGAACCCUCCGCGAACAAAUCUACGAAGCCAGAGAUAUGAGAGGAGUUCCUCUCCUCGUCGUUGGGAAUAAGCAAGACAAACUUUCUGCCAGCGUAGCUUCCGGUACGAGGUACAGAGACAUCGUCAACUUGGUACGGAAGCACUGGAGGUGCGGCUACGUCGAGUGCAGUGCCAAAUUCAACUGUCGGGUCGUCCAGGUGUUCAGGGAAUUAAUGAAGGGUAUCCAGGCGGUGGAAGGAAGACCACCCUCACCGUCGCCGACGCCUUCGCAGCCGCUGAGAGCCCAUCCCCAUAACUCAAGCGAGAAGUGUAUUUUUCUUUGACAUUAGAGGAAAUUUUCUAAGGUAUUCAAAGACGCGAACAAUCACAAUGUAUUCCCCUUUAUUAUCAGAGGCUCAGUUCGUAAAGCAGUAUUAAAUUUCGGCCCCAAAUCCACAGCUCAAAAUUACACAAAUUCCCCAUUAUACGUGUCAUACAUUAUAUAUAUACAUAUAUAUAUAUAUAUAUAUAUAUAUAUAUAUUUUUUG